AUGGAGGACCUCAUUUACUGUCCUACAGAUGUUGUUAACAGAGUAAGCAGUAUGUCCUCAAGUGACAAAUUGACAAGAUGGGAAGUGCUUGGUGUACAGGGAGCAUUGCUGAGUCACUUUAUACAGCCAGUUUAUAUCAGCAGUAUACUUGUUGGUGAUGGGAAUUGCAGUAAUACUAGAGGCUUAGAAAUUGCUAUAAAGCAGCGUGUUGAUGAUGCACUUACUUCAAAACUUCCAAUGUUUUACUUGGUCAACAGACCUCACAUUAGCUUAGUACCUUCUGCGUAUCCACUUCAAAUGAACUUGGAUUAUAAAUUCCUGAGUCUGAAUUGGGCACAAGGGGACAUUUCUCUGGAGAUCGUGGAUGGCCUAAGUGGGAAGAUUACAGAAAGCUCCCCCUUUAAAAGUGGUGUGUCAAUGGCGAGUCGCCUUUGUAAGGCUGCAAUGUUAAGUCGAUUUAAUCUGCUUGCCAAAGAAGCUAAAAAGGAAGAUUUACUUGAAGCUACUACCUAUCAUGAAGCUAAGCAUAUGUCUGCAUCCUAUCAAGAAGCUAAAACUUUGUUGAAAUCCUACUUACAGCAACAUGGCUAUGGCUCCUGGAUUGUAAAAUCUCCCUGUAUAGAGCAAUUUAGUAUGUGA